AUGUCGCAUCUUCUGAACGUUGUUUUCUUCGUCGCUCUUCUUCAUUUCGGUUCCUCACACCGUCAAACCCCAUUGACUGAUGAGCAAGUUCUCGAGCUUGUUCAUUUAUCGUGCAACCACGCAAAGUUCUUCUGCCCAGCCGAACCAUAUCUGGUCAAAAUCGGACCACAAAGAAUCUUCAACCGCUUUGCGGUCUUGAAGUCUGAAGAAGCUGGUCUUCUCAAGACUUCCGAUAUUCCGCUGACAGAACUCUUCGGUGUUUUCAGAAACACCUUCUGCUGCACCGAAGGAUCAUGCCUGGCACAAUGCAAUGUGUAUCCGAUAAACGAAAAACGCAUCGUCUCCAACUUCCAGGACAUCUACGAAAAGGUUUUCGCUCUCAACAUUGCAGAGCUCAUGAGCUACGAAUCGGACUACAUCGAGUAUCUUCGCAACGGAAAGAAGCACGGAUUCGUUCCAGCAAGAGUCGAGGAGUUGUACGACAUCCUUCACGAGAACGAGGACACUAUCCUCACAAUGCUCGGUAAAAAUGCUCCACAAGCAUAG